AUUGAUUUACUCGUUUACCUGAGGACUACCUGAGGGAAACGUUUAGCAAAGCACAUUACUUCUUAGGCCUUAGAUGGCGUUGUCGACCAUGCCAACAACAGAAAGCUAUUAAAGCCCUGCAAACACUCGCUACGGAACGCUUUGCGACUUAUUGUCCGUAUUCUGGCAUACUUGAAUUGCGUCUACAUUUAAUUAAAGGCCAAGAUGGCUCGAGGGCGUGGUCGAUCUGCAUCGCAGGCUGGGCAGUCGUCUGGAAGGGGCAGAUCAGGAACCGGACGCGGAUCUAACUCGAAUGGGGAUACUGCUGGUCGAGGCCGGGGCAGAUCUAGUCGCGGAGGACGCGGCGCAGGUCCUUCGUCGCGACAUGGCGACGCGGGCGGCGGUAGCGGUAACGGUCGCAGCAAGAAUCGUACGAUAGGAGGAUAUCCCGGAUUGGGCACUUCUCCGCCGUACGGUGGCAGUACGACACCUCAGCAGUUGUACGGACGAGGUGGCCGGGGUGGUGGUGGCGGUGGCGGGAGGGGCGCAGCAGGGCCGACAACGCCGUACGGCGGACGCGGCAUUCGUACGGCAAGUCCAGGAGGCGGCGCGGCAGGGUUGUACGGCACACCUCCGCCUUCCUUGCAGCAACCGACCUUAUACGGCAUGGCUAAUCCGUACUUGUUCGUGGAGCUCGAGAAGGAUGGGGUGUGGAAGGCGUGCGUCCCCAACGGUCAACGGUUCGGCAAACCGUUCCUAGCGGGUCUAGAGGUGUGGGCGCGACAGCUGCUGGCAGGCGAGGGACCCGUCCUCCAGCGCUCCAUCAACCUCGCACCUCCAACCACCAACCAACCGCCAACUGCCGCCGCCGCCGCGACGCCACCGCCCCUCCCCAACGUCAUCCCGCCGCCACCGAGUGCGGCACGGGGCAGCGGCGGCGGCAGCGGCGGCGGCGGUGACGUCAGCCGCGGCAGCGGCCCAGCCUCCCACCCCAUCACCUCCCUCACUGGUAGCGGCCUCCCAGCCCUCGACAACCUGGGGGCUGGGGUAAGCGGCGGCGGCGGCGGCAGCCGUCGUACGACCACGAGUUUGGUGCCUCCGCCGCCGUCACGUCCGCCGCCGUCAGCACCGGCAGCAGCAGCAGCGGUGGCGGCGGCGGCGGAGCAACAGGGCAGCGUUGACGCCGGCGCUGCCAGCGGCGGUGCUUUGGAUUUCGUGUCCCUGCUGCAAACCCAAAUGGGCCUCACCACCACCACCACCACCACCACGAUGAACACGACGCCGUCGGGUGCUGCUGCUGCCGUCGCUGCCAAGGCUGCUGGUGGUGGCGUUGGCGGCGACAACUACACCUCCGCCGUGCGGUUGGACGGCACUUCGGGUUCGAUUGCCGUCGGUAACGCCUCCGCUGAUACAACCGCCGCCGCCGGCACCGGCACCGCCGCCGGUGAAAGCAAGAAUGGGUCAGAGCCGCCGCCGCCGCAGCAGCAGCAACCGGAGGAGGAGCAGCAGCAGCCGCCACAACAGACGUCGGGGGAAUAUCGCGGCCUUUGGGCUUCACUUGAGGAGGAGGAGAAAGAGGGGGGCAACGGUCAACCGUCAACGGCCUCGGCUGCUCAUGCGGCGUACUUUGACCAUGAGGACCAGGAGGCGGAUGAAGAAGAGGAGGAGGCGGUGGGCGAGGAGGAGGAGGGCGGCUAUGAAGAGGGAGAGGAAGGCCAAGUCGACAACGACGAUUACGACUAUGACGAUGAUGAGGAGGAAGAUGAGGAGGAAGGGGAGCAGGAAUCGGAGGACGAAGAUGAUUACGAGGAGGACGAGGACGACCUGUACGACAGCGAAUUGUACGACAACGAGGAAGAUACCAUGACAGAGUACGACAGCGCGUCAUCGCCGCAGCCACCACAACGGCAACCGGUGCUGACGUCAGCGGCAAGGGGCGCACAAAUGGAGGCGGCGACAGCAGCAGCGCCUCCAUUCCUCUCGCCGCCCCCUCAACAAAACUCCCAGCAGCAGCAACAACAACAACAGCAGUUUCGUUUGGCGGCAUCGAAGCCGUUGACGGUUGAGCUGUUACGGCAGUUGAAGAGUCUGGACGAGCGUGGGCGGCUGCGUGUUUCGUUGCGGCUGGAGCGACAGGGUUUGAAUGACACGGAGGUCGAGUUGCUGGCGGAAUGGUACCAGGAGCGCGGCCUGUCUCUCCUGGAGCUCUCCAAGCUCUGGCUGUACGACAACCGGAUUUCGGAUCCAGGGGCCGCCGCCGUGGCCCGCUGCCUGCUGCACUCGGGCUUGCAGGAGCUGCACCUGUCGCACAACAGCAUCGGGGAUGAGGGCGGCGCUGCGCUGGUGGCGGCGCUGCCGACCGCCUCGGAGCGACCCGCGGGUCUGCGGCCGCUGUGGCUGCGACUGGAGUGGAACGUGAUGGACGUGGCGCAGCUGCGGCGGCGGCUGGACGAGCAGCGGGAGAGGCGGGGGCUGGGGGCGGACAUUCCCCGGGUGGAACCCUCCAAGGGCACCUCCGCCUCCCCCCCGCCGGGAGCCGCACGCAGCAACAGCUACAACAACAACAACACCCCCACCCCCGCCAACAAGACGCACGACCUGGCUCUGGUGCUAGGGCGGGUCAGCGGUACGGCAGGCGGUGGUAUUGCCGUACGACUGCCCUGGCUGGAGUGUCAGAAGCAGCCGCCCACCGAAGCCGCCGUGCUGCUGACCGUCAAGGGGUUCUACGGGUCACAGCAGCAGGAGAAGGCGCCGGCAGCACCAGCAGCAUCGACGGCCUCCUUAGCCACCUCCUCUACGGCAGAGCGCCGUACGGCACCUCCCGCCAUCCCUCCUCCUGCCGUACAACCUCCUCCCCCGCCUCCGCCGCCUCCUUCAAAGGCGGCUGGCAUGGCUCGCCCCGCCGCCGGUGACGAGGGAGUCCGUGCCAGCGGCAGUUCCGUCUCCUCCGUCUCCCCCGCCUCCCCCGCCUCCCCC